AUGCUCGCUCUCUCCCCAGUGCUGGGCUGUUGGAGAGCUCGAGCUGCAAGCCACCAAGCGCGAGCUCGAGCGCGGCGCGCUGGCCGGGGAACCCAAGAGCGCACGGCGCCCCCAGAUGGCAGGCGCCGCGGGACCCCCCACCCUCGCCGGCUGCCCUUUCCCGGGCGCCCCUACCCUCCUCGCCCGCAGGAGACCCUGGGCUUCCCCGGAGGAGCUCACCCCAAGGGGCCAGGACUCCGGCGAGCCCGCCACCGUCCCCUCGAGUGCCGCCGCCACCACCGCAGCCGCGGGAGCAGCAUGGUCCAGCUGGGGAAGCUGCUCCGCGCCCUGACUUUGAUGAAGUUUCCCUGCUGCGUGCUGGAGGUGCUUCUGUGCGCGCUGGCGGCGGCGGCGCGCGGCCAGGAGAUGUACGCCCCGCACUCCAUUCGGAUCGAAGGGGACGUCACCCUCGGGGGGCUGUUCCCGGUGCACGCGAAGGGUCCCAGCGGAGUGCCCUGCGGCGACAUCAAGAGGGAGAACGGGAUCCACAGGCUGGAAGCGAUGCUCUACGCCCUGGACCAGAUCAACAGCGAUCCCAACCUGCUGCCCAACGUGACGCUGGGAGCGCGGAUCCUGGACACUUGUUCCAGGGACACUUAUGCGCUCGAACAGUCGCUCACUUUCGUCCAGGCGCUCAUCCAGAAGGACACCUCCGAAGUGCGCUGCACCAACGGCGAGCCUCCGGUUUUCGUCAAGCCCGAGAAAGUAGUUGGAAUGAUUGGGGCUUCGGGGAGUUCGGUCUCCAUCAUGGUAGCCAACAUCCUGAGGCUUUUCCAGGUUGAUGGGCGCUACGGGAUAAGGAAAAGGAUGUGAAGCUCACUGAAGAGGCUUGGGUUGGGAGUGCUGGAGGAGUGUACAGGUGGGGAAAAUGUACCAGUGUGUAUGCCUACUGGGACCACGUUUUCCAGAACAGUUAAGCCCAGUGUCAACUAUGCUGUCCCACCUUCCUCGGGUGUCCAGAGAAGGUAACUACUUUGCCCACGUCCUAAACUGAUUUCUGUGUGUGUGUGUGUCCCCAUGAUGAAAACAUCAUUAAAGUAAAAUAUCAUGAAUAGACUCUUAAGAAGCAGAGUCUACUGAAAGUCCUGGAAAAUAUGAAAGCACUAAUAUUCAUGGACAGCUCUACACUCUGAAAGUUACUCCAAAUUUUGUUGAUCUCUCUUUUGUCUAGGAGUUUUUCAAAUUUUCUACCAUGAUCAUUUGUUAGUUUUAUAAUUACAUAAUAAAGGCAUUACAUCAUACAA